AUGAAUGUGGAACUUCCGCUGUGGUUCCUUCAGUCUUUGCCCAAAAGAUGGAGGAGCUUCUUGCCUGGCCACGGGCAAAUGUCAUUCGGACCUAUGAAGCUCAACGAUGUGUGCGUUCUGACACCAGCUUGGUUUGGUGCUUUCGCGACACUUUUCCUGGUGCUACUGACCAUCGAGGCUUCCGAGAGUUGUUCGGCUGGAGUCGCAGCUGGCAUGAUUAUGGCCGUUAUUCCAGCGCACAUGAUGCGUUCCAGCGCUGGCGAGUAUGACAACGAGGCUGUGGCGGUGACCUGCUUCUGCGCAACUUUCUGGUUGUGGUGCCGCUCAAUCAGAACUCCAAGGUCUUGGCCGUGGGGUGUCCUUGCCGGUCUGGCCUACUUCUCGGCAGCGGCUACUUGGGGCGGCUACAUCUUUGUAAACAACCUCAUCGGCCUUCACGCUGCGGUGCUGGUUGCGUUGGGCCGAUACAACUCCGGAUUGUACCUGGCCUACACUCUUUGGUACGUGGUGGGAACAUCUGGUGCCAUGCUUGUUCCCGUCAUCGGGUGGGCCCCGCUGCGGGCGAUGGAGCAGAUGCCGUCUCUUCUGGUCUUCAUUGUGUUCCAACUGCUGCAAGUAUGUGACUUCGUUCGGCACCGCGUCAAAAGUUUUGCUUCCCCAUGGAAAUUCUGUGUGUUUCGUGCAGCAGUUUUCGCAACAGCUGUUCUUUCUGGUGCGGCGGUUUGCUUUACGCUGUACAGGUUGGGUCACUUUGCUCCACUGGGUGCCAGAAUCAGGGGUCUCUUCUUGAAACACAAGAAGACCGGGAACCCUUUAGUGGAUUCUGUCGCAGAGCAUUCCGCAACAAGCAGCCAAGCUUAUGCGCAGUACUUGGGAGAUGCACGUUUCGUUGCAGCCGUCGGUCUCUUGUUCUGUUGGCACCAGCAAACUCCAGCCAAGAUCUUUCCAGUGAUUUAUGCUGCAGUGGCGUACCACUUCUCAGCGAAGAUGUCUAGACUGAUGAUCAUCUGUGGACCGAUUGUGUCCAUGCUCGCGGGCUACCCGAUCGGCAUUGUCUUGGAUUGGUGCCUCCAUCAAUUCCUGAACCUCUGCUGUGCUCCGCGGCCGCAGCCAGAGGUCAAGACAGAGCCAAGAUCUGGAGGUAUGGGAUCCAUAUACCGUUUUCUCUGGCGAUACCUGGAACCGCUCACCUUGCCUGGAGAGGUAUCAGAUCUCCUCAAGACCGCCGAGAAGUUGCACCAGCGAUUUCCGAGACCCUGCAGGGCAAUCCGAUGCACUGUGGCUAUCCUGAUCCUUGUGGCGGGCUACCAGAACAUGCGUGAUCCUGUCAAUAGCUUCAUUGCAACAUGUGAGGAGAUUGCGCCACACAUGGGACAUCCAUCGAUCGUCUUCAAGAGCCGCCAGGGACUAAUUACAGAUUACCUCGACGGCUACAAGUGGUUGAAGGCCAACACGCCCGCGGACGCACGUGUGAUGGCAUGGUGGGACUACGGCUACCAGAUCACUGGCAUCGGCAACCGCACCUCCAUUGCUGAUGGCAACACUUGGAACCACGAGCACAUCGCCACCUUAGGCCGAACUUUGACGAACCCAGAGAAGAAAGCUCACAACAUCAUGAAGCACCUCGCAGACUACGUACUGGUUUGGGCUGGUGGUCAAGGCGACGACAUGGGCAAAUCGCCUCACCUAGCGCGCAUUGCCAACUCCGUGUUCCCUGAUGUUUGCGGUGAAGAUGAUCCUACCUGUAGGAAGUUUGGCUUUUAUGCUGGUGGUCGGCCCACAGAGAUGAUGGCUGCAUCCUUCCUAUACAAGGCGGUCAGGCACAACAUCGAUGACGGAGUGAGGUUGGAUAGCAAGCUGUUCCAAGAGGUGCAUACGACGAAGCAUGGUCUCAUGCGCAUCUUCAAAGUGCUCGGUGUGUCAGAAGAGUCCAAGAAGUGGGUGGCGGAUCCCGCAAACCGCAAGUGCGACGCAGAAGGGAGCUGGUAUUGUGUUGGUCAGUACCCGCCGGCUUUACACAAGCUGAUUGCAAAGCGGAAGAACUUUGCCCAGUUGGAGGACUUCAACCGAAAAGAUGGUGAGAAAAGCGCCUACACCCGCAUGGUGCCUUCACAGCUUUUAUGGCAUGUUGCCACAAGGGUUAAAGAUACUAUGUAUACACUCAUCAUUUGUGAGCGUUCGAUUGGCGUACUCAUCUAUUGUGUUUUCAGUGCAAGCUGUACACUGCAGCUUUAUUGGCCCAAUGAUUCCUCCUAG